GGCCCAAAACGGUUUUCAAACCUUUCUGCCUGACGCCUCAGGCUUGCCUGCGUCUUGCAACUGUCACCUGGCUUAUUUAUAGACAUUUCCUCUAUAAAUAAGCAGUUUCUGUUUCAGGUCUGGUUUGUCCUUGGUAUUUCCACUCUACCUCUUGCCCCACCCCUAGGUCUCAAACUUAGAAUCCGGAAUUGGAGCUGGUAUUCAAAUCCUUCACCACAGUACGGGGAGAUAGCCCCCGCAAGAACUAAGUCAUCGUGGUGAAGUUCUUUUUCACCCUCGACACCCUAGCUGCUGUCGUUAACGUUUGCUGCGGACUUCUUGACGAGAUUUUACUUGUCCUUCCAUGCUGUUCGUUCUGAGGUUUGCUUCUUUCUUUUUGCGAUCCAGUUCCGGAUGGCUCAGCCGUGCUUCCAAAAUGAAUAUUUUGACAGGUUGCUUAAUAUUUGCAAACCUUGUCACCUUCGAUGUCUUAAUACCCCUCCCUCACCAUGUCAGCGAUAUUGCAACGCAAUGAAAGGAACAAAUACAAUUCUCUGGACCUGUCUGGGCCUGAGCUUGACGGUUUCUUUGACGGUUUUCGUGUUGAUGUUCUUGCUAAGGAAGAUGAGCUCUGAACCAUCAAAAGACGCAUUUAAAAACACAGGAUCGGCUCUCCGGAACGAGGCAGAGGCUGACCAACGCGAGAGCCGUGAGAGCAGGAUUGGAGCGAAAGUACUCCUCUCGAGGGGUCUGGAGUACACAGUCGAAGAAUGUACCUGUGAAGACUGUGUCAAGAACAAAUCCACGGUCGAUUCUGACCAUUCCUUUCCGCUCCCGGCUAUGGAGGAAGGUGCAACCAUUCUCGUCACCACGAAAACAAAUGACUACUGCAAUAGCCUGGUAGCUAGUGUCACAGAGAUGGAAAGAUCCAUUUUUACCAGAUAAUUGACCAUGUCGCCUGGUAUCGAGCUGCUUUGAGCAUCUUUUGUCAGAAGGCAGAAGGGCGAUGUAUCCCAUCUCUUUAGGAUGAUUGUAUGUGUCAGUUGCCGAUAGAGCUUUUUUGGUCCUGUAAUUCCAGCCAAUCGUUAUGUUGGCUAUACUUCCCUACUUCAUUGUUGGGAGCCUAACUGCAUAAAUUUCCUUGGUUUCAUGAUUAAAUUCUUGACUCACUGAAAAAAAGCCCUGCAGUGUGUAAAUCGCAUAGUCACACAUUUCUCUGGUAGCCACCUUCUCUCCUAGACCUUCACGCAUACAUUUAAGGCCAGAUUGGAAUUUUCUCUUUAUUAUUAAACGAAAGCAAGGUUGUUCUAUGUACUCCUGUAGGUAGGAGGAGCCUAGAGUCAACCACAGUAAUUUAGUGCGCGAGGCAGGAGUGCAAGGUUCCUGACCUUGUAAGCUUCCAGCUUAAUGGAGACAUCAGGCAUUAUUAUAAUUGUAUAAAUAAACGUG